ACCCCUAGGAUGAAGGUCACGGCGCCCCGAACCCUCCUCCUGCUACUCUCCGGGGUCCUGGUCCUGACCGAGACCUAGGCGGGGUCACACUCUCUGCGGUAUUUCCACACCUCUGUGUCCCGGCCCGGCCGCGGGGAGCCCCGCUUCAUCGAAGUCGGCUACGUGGACAACACGCAGUUCGUGCGGUUUGACAGCUACGCGGAGAAUCCGAGGAUGGAGCCGCGGGCGCCGUGGAUAGAGCGGGAGGGGCCGGAAUAUUGGGACGAGCAGACACGGCGCGCCAAGGGCCACUCACAGACUUUCUGAGCGAACUUGAGGACCCUCUGCGGCUACUACAACCAGAGCGAGGACGAUGAGCGACCCCGGGCCCCGGGUGCAGAGUCUGACACUCUGCAGUGGAUGCACGGCUGCGACGUGGGACCGGACGGGCGCUUCCUCCGCGGGUACGAGCAGGUCGCCUACGAUGAUGCGGAUUAUCUCUUCCUGAACGAGGACCUGCGCUCCUGGACCGCGGCGAACCCAGCAGCUCAGAUCUCAAAGCACAAAUCAGAUAUGACUGGUGAGGCGGAGUUCCAGAGGGCCUACCUGGAGGAAGAAUGCGUGGAGUGGCUCCGCAGAUACCUGGACAGCGGGAAGGACGCGCUGCAGCGCUCGGACCCCCCAAACACAUAUAUCACCCACCACACAGUCUCUGACUGUGAGGCCAUCCUGAGAUGCUGGGCCCUGGGCUUCUACCCUGCAAAGAUCACACUGACCUGGCAGCAGGAUGGGGAGGACCAGACCAACAACACAGAGCUUACAGAGACCAGGCCUGCAGGGGAUGGAACCUUCCAGAAGUGGGCAGCUGUGGUGGUCCCUUCUAGAGAGGAGCAGAGAUAUACCUGCCAUGUGCAACACGAAGGGCUUCAGGAGCCCCUCACCCUGAGAUUGGGUAAGGAGAGGGAUGGAGAGGGUGUUAUGUCUUCUUGAGGAAAGCCCUCCAGCUGGCUCAGGGCUAAGGCUUAGGGUUGAAAGAUAAGUCAACAUGACCUCUGAGAGAAAAUCCCCUAGGUUCCACCAAAGCUGCACCACCUCUUUACCUGCUCUGAGUCUUUCUUUCCCUGUCUGUACAAAGGAUGCAUAUUGGGUUCAUCAUGGAUUUGCCCUGAAGAUUAAUUAAUUCUAUAUGUAAAAUAUACAUUA